AUGACAGCAACAAACGACAGCAGCAACUUUAUCGUUUCUGAUGAAAAAGUUAUUGAUUCAUUAGUUGAGGAAUUAGUUGUGGCAGAAACUAAAACCCUCAACGAAAGAAUUGGUGAAAACAUGAUUGAUUUACAUAACUACCUCAAACAUGAUGGGAGAAGAGGAAGGAAAACUGGUAUGGCUUUAUUAGUAAAUAAAAUUCCAAAUUUAACGAUUAUAGAUGUUGAUAUCAAUAAAUCGUACAAUGAUGAACUUAAAGAAACAGUUAGAAAAGACAUUUUAUCAAAACUUUCGGAUAAAGAUGUUAUUGUUAAAACCGCUUCAGGAGGUCUUCACAUUUAUUGCAACACUAAUUUCUUCUAUGCAGUUUCGAACAGAAUGAUUAAAUGCUAUUCCUGCAAUGAUUACGAUAUUGAUAUCAUGACGUCAAUGGAUGAUUCAAAGCGUUCUUUAGUAGUUAUGGCUGAUUCAAGAGUUCGCAAGAAUGCAACAGAACCAAUCAAUACAUACUCAUUCAUUCGUGGAAGUUAUGAUUCAACAUUAACUAGAACAGUGAAUGAUAUAUUAAAUGAUUUGAAUAUUAAGGUAAGAGUUGAACAGAAGAAUGAAGAAAUAAAGACUAUCAUGAAUGAAAACAAAGAUGUAAACAUUGACGAUAAACUUGUCCAGAGCAUAGUUGAUGGCAUCUGUGAUUUUGAAGUACAUAAUGACGGUGGAAACAUGAAUUUAGAAAAAGAAAUAACAUUAUUCACACUGUUUCAAGCUAUUAAUUCGUUACCUAAUCAUUUGAUUAAUGAAGCAUACGAUAACGUUUAUAACUUCUGCAGUUUAACAGAAAAUGCAAAAAGUAAUUUUGAAAAAGCACGUAAUAGAUAUGCACAUUUAAUGACUUCUCCAUUUGUUUUGGUGAAGAUUCUAAAACUAUAUCAAAAGGAAUAUUAUGAUGAAUAUGUUUUGCCUUUAUUACGUAAGCCAAAAAUAACAUUCGAUAUCAAACUUGAUGACUCGUUUUUGAUAACAGAUAUUAGACGCAAGGCUGAAAAUCAUCAGUAUAAAAACAGUUCUGAAGUAAUUGAGGAUUUAUCACGUGUAAUCCGUUUUGUAGAUUGUGGAAAUAAAUAUUUCAUUCAAAAGGACUAUAAUAUCCACGACAAAAUGAAUCAAAUAUCAUUCGUUCUUCAAUCAAACAUGAAAGAGUCACUCAAAAUGAUUAAAUUAUUUAAUGAAGAAGGUAAAACAAUAACAGCAUGGGAUGUACUAUUAAAUCAAUUGUCUUCAUUAACCGUUAAGGGUGUUUGCUUUAA